UCUAUCUCAUGCAGACGAAGCGUUACCAGGUGACUCAACUAUACUCGUGUACGUCGGUUUCAAAGCGCCGAAAGAAAGGGAAAGUACCCGGGACAUCGAAGCAUGGGAGCCUAGCGUGCUCUCAGUCCGCGGAAAGCGACUGAACGCAUACGAGAAACGAUUCUGCGCAUCAAUUCUGUCGCGCAUUCGUGGAGAUCGCGAUCGAGAUUCGUGGUGACACGUUGUGGACCGUUGGAAUAUCGUUGAUCGGAUCCUCGUGUGGCGGUCGGUGGCGAUUUUCUGUGACGCGGAUCGUACUGGAUCGAGAAAUGGAGUUCUUCGAUUAAUCGAUCAUACAUGGAGGAAUAUCGACCGAUUAUGAUUCCAAAUACGUAUUGUCUUCGUGGAAUGGAAUUACCUCAACGAACCACAGAUGCUUCAGAAUUUCUGCGUGCCUGACAUCGCCAAUUCGGACUCACGAUGUUGGAACCAGUUCUUGGAAUAUCGACGUUCGCUGGUUGAUGUAGACGGGCCUGAUGUUGAACAUUACAGUACCGAUCGCGGAGUACUUUCGCUAAGUGGUAUGUAGUGGGGGAGGUAGGACUUGAACCCUGAUUGUGAGACCCCAUGGGCCAUAUAUACUACGGUUCCAUGCAGUUCUCUUGCUACUUAGUGUCAGCUUCUCGACGAUCCUUGCUGCUCUGUAGGGAAGGUAUACCAAGAGGGAGACGGAUCGAGUAAAAGAUGAAUUUGUUGGUCGUCUUCGCGUUGAUAACAGUGGCAUCAGGAAGUCCGGGACUCCUUCGGGUUCCUAAAGUGUAUAACGCCGUGAUUACGAGUAAUCAAAAUUUGUCCCCGUCCAGAGCGUAUCCAGUGAUUCAACCGAUAAUCCAUCGAACAGCGGUUGGAUACGUGCCACCGGUUUAUUACACGCAAGUAGCGCCUCAUCUUGCUGGACCAGAAGUCGUUCAUCUUCCUCAAAAUCCUCUAAAAUCGUACAAUCAGCCUGACGUGCAAGCCGAACCCACCGCUACCGUCGAACAAUCGAAACCAACUGACGCGAAGGAUAAAAUAGAAGCAACGAAUCCAAGUGCAGAAGAGAAUAAAGGUUUAAAGUCAGAACCUAAGAGCAAGAACGGGGAACAAGAACCUCUAAGCUUCUAUCCCAAUUAUCAAUCGUUAUACUACGAUCCCUAUUUUUACACGUACAGUGGAUUCAACCCUCACCUGGUCCCAGGGACCUACUACGUCGACUAUCAACCCUAUGGCACUUUAGAACCUAUUCCAGCAACCACACCGAAGAACGGGUUCUCCGAACAUCUGCUUCCAGCUUACCACGAGGAGAAGAAGCUCGCUGCAAAGGAACAGAAAGAGAAAAUACCAGAUGUACCACCGCCACCCCUUCCGACAGCUGUGCCCAAAAGUUCCUGAAGUGGAACCCAUCCGACAAGAUUCUUCCAGUUACGUUUAUUCGCCGUCAUGGUCAGACUGAUUAUUUCAUAGUGUUUGGAGGAAACGAUGUAUUUUACGGACGAUGAAUGACGUUGAACACUUUGGAACCGAAUUUUGUUUACUCGCGAGAAAAGCUUUCUUUAUUAUUUAUUGACCGUAGAAACACAUUUUUUUCUCGGUGGUUUUGUAAAAAAGAACGUAUACGCCAAAACAGAGUAGUUUUACUGAGAACAAAUACAUUCGUCGUUUGGUCAAUCGAACCGUUCAGAAGCCACAACUGAACAACUUCAUCAAUUGCAAAGUACAGAUGUUAUAAAUUCUGUUUUUUCAAUUUA